AUGCUCUUCCCCACCUCGUCCCUCGUCGCCAUCCUCGCCGCUGCUGCCGGCGCCAGUGCCCAGUCGGCUUCUUCUUCGACAGCCUCCGCGGCUGAGAUCAGCUCGACGUCUGUGCCCGACAACAACAUCACGUCGCCCCCAGUCACCUUGCCGCUCAAGAACGCGCCGUCGUUCUCCCAGCCCAACUCCAAAACGUGGUGGACGCUCGAGGACAGCGCCGUGUCGGGCGUCUCCAACACCCUCUCAUGGAACUGGGGCAAGGACCAGGCCAACGGCGCGCUCGGUGUCGUGUGGCUCGUGCUUGCCAACACUAACAAGACGCUGUUGCCGAGCGACCGUGGCCUGAUUGGCACCGAGGACGCAAACGCCAAGGGCGAGCCAAAGGUCACCUUCCAGCUCCCACUCCUGUCGUCGGACUACGCCGCCGCCAAGGACUACACCAUCAAGAUGGUCCGUGCCACCAACUGGUCGAUGGUGUUUGCAGAGUCCCAGCCGUUCGAGAUCAAGGCUACCGGCAGCAAGGUCGCCAGCGGCGCGUCGACGCACGCUGGUGUCGUCGCGGGUGUGUGCGCGGGCCUCAUGGUCGCGGCUGCCAUGGCCAUCUAG